GUUUAGAUGCUUCAAUAGCCGAAGAUGUGUGUGUGUUUGUGUAUGAUGGUGUGUGCUUGCUUCAGUGUAAAAGUUAAGAGCUGCUUUGUCAGCUGUGUUUGCGUGCGUCUACUGAGGACAGAGCUCUGGUGGUUUCCUCCUGUCUGUACGAGCUUAGCACAGCGGUCUGUGGUUGUUCUCUCGACACUGUUUCAGUCUUGUCAGCUUCUAGUUUCUUCACAAGUUGCAAAAGCAUUUGACAAAGCAGAGGUAAUGACAUGUUCACAUGAGAUCAGGCAGUCAUAAUUCAUUGGAGGACUUUAAUUGCAGUCACAAUGAAAGUGGCAUCUUUUAACGUCAGACGACUGGGUUUGACCAAAAUCUCUGAUGACAAUGUUGUCAGAUACCUGAUCAAGAUUGUGUCCCGCUACAGUAUAAUCGUGAUACUUGAGGUGGUGGACAAAUCAGGCAAAGCCAUGGAAAAGUUCUUGAGGGAGCUGAACGGUACAAGUGCAAACAAGAAGCACCCUUACACCAUGGUGGUGAGCGCCUCCUUGGGCCGCUCGCACUACAAGGAGCAGGUUGUCUGUCUCUACAGAGAGGAUCAAGUGCAGUUGAGGGACACCUACCAGUAUGAGGACAACCAGGUGGGCGAUGAGGAUGCCUUUUCCCGAGAGCCCUUCAUUCUGCGCUUCUCAUCUCCUCACACAGUGCUGCAGGACUUUGUGCUGAUCCCCGUGCACACCAAGCCUGAUGACUCAGAGAAGGAGCUGGAUGAGCUCUAUGACGUCUUCCUGCACAUGAAGAAGAAGUGGGAGACAGACAAUGUCAUGAUUCUUGGGGACUUCAAUGCAGAUGGUGCCUAUGUGUCCAAGAGGAAAAUGAAACGGAUCAGAAUCCGUAGCGACCCAGAUUUCCACUGGCUUAUUGGGGAUGACGUGGACACAACUGCAAGCACAUCAAAUGACAACACCUAUGACAGGAUUGUGGUUUACCAGAAGGACAUGCUAGCUGCUGUAGUUCCAGGCUCAGCCAAAGCUUUUAACUUCCACCAGGCCUACAGCCUCUCCGAGGAGAUGGCUCUGUCCAUCAGUGAUCACUAUCCAGUGGAGGUGACUCUACGUCCUGCUGCCUCCAAAACCAGGGCCCGCAAGAGGAGAAGGACAUAAUUACACACACAAUAUGAGUCAGAAGCACUGCAUUUAAUCUAAGCCAGUGUUUACUUGACCACUUAACCAAUAAAAAGAAAUCAUUCAUCAUCAUCAUCAAAACAGUAGACCUACUUCAACAGUAUAUUACACAAUAGGCCCACUCACUGAACCACCUUACUUGUUGUCUUUGCACCUUGCUUAUUAUGUCAGAGGAUUCAUAUGAUUUAAAGUGGCAUAGCUUACAUAGGCAGUGUCGCAGAAGAACUGUUUGAAUUUACAAACAAGUUGGUUCAAUAUUGCAAACAAUUCAUCUAUAUUAUAUUUUACCACGUCUGCUCGCGGACCACUUGGGAUAGCUUGCGGACCACACUUUGAGAGACACUGAUCUAAGCCAAUUCAUUGCUUUAAAAUGUAUGUUUUUUCUGUUAUGUCAAAUCAGGAAUACUGCCAUUACAGGGUUCAUCUUUAACUUUUUCACAAAGCCUGUAAGUUGUUUUAAGAAUGUCAAAUGGAACAUAUGGGAUAUGUGUGAAUUUAAAUGCAAAACAAAUACAUUCUA